AACUUAUUCAAUUUACUGCUUUCUCUUUCAGAUUCUUGGCAAGUGCUUCUUUAUUCUUGUGCUUAUCCAAGUGAUCUAGAAAGCACAUUUUUAAUCUGGCCACUCGACUUCGUCGGAAUGUCGCAUGCAAGGAAGCGAUGUGCAACGCCAUCACGUAAUAUGAAUCGAGCCAAAAGGUCGAUCGAAGACAAGGAUGCAGUUGAAGUUGUAUGCAGGCUUACUCCUUAUUAUGGACCUACACCAUGUUUGACGGUAACUGAGGAGAAUGUCCUUCGAGUCGUUCCUCCACCUGGCUUGCAAAGAAGAGAUGGAUCACCUUACGGAGUGAAGGACUUUGAAUUUGGUUAUGUUUUCGACGAGAACGAUCGCCAGCAAAAAGUGUUUGAACGCUGCGCUGUCGACCUCAUACAAAAUCUUCUUGCAGGGAGAAAUGGACUUCUUUUUACCUAUGGAGUCACAGGCAGUGGUAAGACUUAUACCAUGACGGGAAAGCCAACACCGGAAGAAACGGGCUUAUUACCGAGAACGCUUGACGUUGUUUUCAACAGUAUCGACAAUAAGGUUGAUCGAUGCGUCUUUUACCCUAAUGGUCGGAAUGGCUUUGGCAUACGGUCGAAAGUAGAAGCGCAUCUGGCAAGGAAAAAAUACGAGCUGGAACGUCUGCAAAUUAGCAAUGAGAUCGAUACUCGCUAUAUGGAGAGGAGAGUUGUUCCUGGUUAUAAUGACAACUACGUCUGCGCUGUAUUUGUUUCCUACGUGGAGAUUUACAAUAACUACUGUUACGACCUGUUGGAGCCGAAGAGCGCUUUGACGAAGCAUGAUACACGGAUGGACAUCAAUAACAUGGUAUACGUGGAGGGUGCUCAAGAGAUCGAAGUGGAGACCAGUGACGAAGCUCUUGAACUUUUUUGUAAAGGCGAAGAGAGGAGAAGAACAAGCGAUACAGUGCUCAACAAAGAGUCAUCUCGCUCGCAUUCAGUCUUCACAAUCCGGCUCGUCAUGGCUCCAUUUGAAAGCACCGGUUUUGCUGUUUAUCCAGACAGUGAUCCAAACAAUAUCAUAGUUUCUCAGCUUUCUCUUGUGGAUUUGGCAGGAAGCGAGCGGACGAAAAGGACAAACAACGUGGGUGACCGCUUGGCUGAAGCUGCUUCUAUCAAUAAAAGUUUGAUGGUACUGCGCCAAUGUAUUGACAAACUGAGGCGAAAUCAACGAUCGGGAACUUCUGAAACUAUCCCAUAUCGAGAUGCAAAACUCACAAUGUUAUUCAAGAACUUUUUCGAGGGAUGUGGAAAGAUACGGAUGAUAAUCUGCGCAAAUCCAAAACCAUCGGAUUUUGAAGAAAACUUGAAUGUAUUAGCCUUUGCGGAAGAAUCCCAGGCCGUGUGUGUCACUCGAGGUGAGGAUCGACUAGUGAUCGACAGUGGCUCAAAACCGCCGGUACCACGUCGAUUCUACACACGAUGGAACUACGAGAUUGAUGAAGCUAUGGCAUCACAUCCAUCAAUUAAGUCAAGCACUGUUUUAUCUCUUCACUUUGUUGUCAAGGAUGCUGGCGAUGCCGCGUCCGUUGCGAAGUUCAAAGAGCAGUGUAUUGCCUUGGCUAACAUAGCUAACCGCGAGAACCAUAAUCUGGAAUCUCAAGCACAUGACGUCGAGAUUCCCUUGAGGAAUUCUCUUUGUGUCGCGGACUACGCCAAAGUAGAGAAUGAAGAGCUACGUGCUCGCAGUGAGCAAGAUGCUGAACAGAUCGCCGCAUACUGCGCCGAAAAUAAGAAGCUGAAGAGAGAGAUCAUGUCCCUUCGCGAGCGAUUAUCACGAUAUGAAGCUGAGGAUGAGAAGCUCCUUUCAGCAGAGGAAAACCUGCGUAGAAGUGUGAAAGAAGAGCGUACGAGGAUGAGGAAGCAAGAUCAGAAACUCAAAGUGAUCCAAGACAUAUGCGAUGCUCCUUCACCAUCGUUUGCUCAGCUUCGCAGCAAGUUUUCCACGGGAGGAGAAGCACAUUCUGCCACUCCUGCAGCUCCUACACCUCUACAAAAGCAAAAAACUAUGCCAACACCGAGCACAUCAAGAGAGUCUCGGCGACCACAACAGGAUUUACGGACACCCGGUGGACCGGGUUAUUUCAAUCCUAAGUAUCACAGAAGUCUAAGUGGUAUCUUACGUGCUAAAUUACCUCAAAACUCCAAGCAAGUCACAAGAGUUGAGGCUCAUCAGUUGCAGAAGUCUAGUGACUAUGUGUUGACACAUCAAGAAGUUGAUGAGGAUGGAAAUAUUAACACAAGCGUUGUCAAGGGUGAAUGUAUACCAACUGCCGGUGGAGGAACUGCUGUACUAUUCAAUGAUGUUGAGCAGGUUUCUCACAGAACUCCUGGACGUCCACUUCGCCCAGCUAAUCGUACUUAAUAAACCUUCUUUUUUCUUCGACUAACUUGUUUACAUAUGGCUUUCUCUUUGUUCCUCUUCCACAAAAUGGUAUCAUAUUCCAUUCUUAUCCAGAACUUGACAGCUUCUCUUAGAUGACUGCAAUAUAUCUAAAUUUUAUCAUCUCUUUUUUGUAAAGCCCACAAUAAGUUAGAGACAUCUCUAAUUUCAAUAUUGACCUUACUGACUUGAUGAACUUCAAUUGAAACUACUACUGAAUACACAACUUAGUAAAUUAUUUGACUAUUUCGUCUAUAUCUCUGAUUGCUUGUUUUAGUGGACAUUUGUAAUAAACUAUGAAGG